CACUUGGAGUAGGAGUACAGCUUCAGCAGCCCUGGAGCCAGCACGCUGCUCUCUUUGCGUCUCUUUUUCUUGUUUAACAUAAACUAAAACAGAUGGAAUAAUGUUUGCUUAAAAUAACACAUUUUCAGCGCUGGAAGGAGAAAAGUUUAGUUUCUCACGUUGGGCUGUAGUUAGGUGCUGAUUUGACAACCUGAAGACAUUCUGCGCAAAGUGUUACCUGGGCAUUAUGAGGAGGUAUCCAGGCUUUUUUCAUUCUUGGGAGAGGAUGCCGUCUUGCUGAGCUCGUGUAGCUUAAUCGUGGACUUUUAUUUUUAUUGCUCAUAUUUUAGUGUCCUCCACAGAACUGUUACACGAUUUGCGCUUUUACGCGGUACUUUCAAAACUUUGAAUGCCCAAAAUGGACCGUGCAGGAUUUGCUGUUUUGAUGGUUUUGACUGUUGCUCUGGUGCGACUUGGUGACAGUCACAAGGACACAACAGGUGGGAGGAAAGAGGGUGCAGGGGCUGGCCGGGCGGUCUGGGACCAGUCCCGGGUGAGGAGUCAAGGUCACUCGCUAACCGGACCAAAGGACGGUGCAUCCUCCAGACCAUCCGGGGAAGCUUCUCCUGGGACCAGCAACACUAGGAUUCUGGUCCGCAUGCCCAGAGGCGCAUCAUCCCAAGGGGCUGGCAGGCACAUAUCCAAAGCAGGACCGGUUCAUGCUGCAGGCGCCUCCCGGGAAGACCUCGUCUCUGCGCCCCGGGAUGGUGCGCUGCGCACCGCCAGACACACGGGCAGCCAGCAGCAGCACAGAACCAGAGUGAACCGCAGGCAGAGCAACAAGCCCAGCUCUGCCAGCACAAGGAGACUUGUUGGACCUAAUGUCUGUGGAGGUCAGCAGUGCUGCUCAGGCUGGGCUUUGGCACCAGGAACCAAUCGCUGCAUAAAACCUGACUGCCAGCCCCCCUGCCAGAACCGUGGCUCCUGCAGCCGGCCGCAGACCUGUGUGUGUCGCUCAGGCUUUCAGGGGCCCCGCUGUGAGGAGGUGGCUCCGGAGCAGGUGUACAUCCGCGAUGGAGGCACCCUGAGGAGAGUUCAACCCGGGACCAACCCCUUCCAGAGAGACCAACCACGGAGAAGGCCCUCAGAAAGGCAGGCCAUUGAUACCGCCAAGGUCCAGACUCCACGACCUGCGACCACCAGGCAGUCUGUGACCCAAGUGAGACGGGGACCCCCUGACUCCUCCCCUCAGCAGACGGGGACCUCCCGCACUGUGAAACGUUAUCCAUCCUCCUCCGGGCCUAUCACCUCCAACGCUCUACCCAGUGCCAACGGAUACGCUAACGGCCACGGCAGCGAACACAGGAAUUGGCAUGGACACAGAAAUGGGCCUAGCAACGUGCACUAUAACACUCACAGGGCCGCCGGCAACAGCCAGCUGCACGGACACUUCAGCAAUGCAUUAUUACCCGCAGGGGCCAACCUCACCUCCAACUUGGACCGCAUCAAGAUCGUCUUCACACCCAUGCUGUGCCGCAGGGUGUGCAGCGGUGGCCGCUGCUACAACAGCUGUGAGAAGGGAGACAUCACUACGGUCUACAGCGAGACCUCGCAGCAGCAGCAGCAGCAGCAGCAGCAGCAACAGCCGCCAAACAACCAGGGCUUCCGACUCUUCUUCUGUCAGAUCCCCUGUCUUAAUGGAGGCCGAUGCAUCGGCAGGGACAUAUGCUGGUGUCCAUCAAACUCAACUGGGAAGUUUUGCCACCUGCCAGCCCCGCCUCCUGUCAGACCCACCCAUCGCAGUCACAAGGAUGCCGGCCACCAGGGACCAAAAUCUCCCUCCCACUCCAUGUACACUCUACCACUGUCCAAUCAGCAAGUGUCCCUCCACCCAUCCUUGGUGAACGUUCACAUUCAGCACCCACCAGAUGCAGAAGUCCAGAUCCACCAAGUAGCUCGAGUCCAGCCUGGGCAGAGACCGGCCACCACAGACGGGGCUCACUCUGUCCAGCAGCGCUCGCAGCCUGGGAAUGGACACGAACCCACCAUCGAGCACAGCAGCGGGCCCCCACACACCAGUGGGAAUGGUAACGGCCACGCCAGACCACACCACCACCACCACCAGAACGGACACGUUGGAAGAUGCUUUCAGGAAACAGUCGAUGGACAGUGUGGCAAGCCUCUGCCAGGCCUAACCAAACAGGAUGAUUGCUGUGGAAGCGUGGGCGCCUCCUGGGGUCUCCACAAGUGCCAAAAGUGUCCGAUCAAACCAGCAUUCGCAGUGAUUGCAAAUGGACAAGUGGAAUGUUCCAAAGGUUUCAAACGGAUGAAUCUCACACACUGUCAAGACAUCAAUGAGUGCCUGCUGCCUGGACUCUGUAAGAACGCUGAAUGUCUCAACACUAAGGGAAGCUACAGGUGCACAUGUAAACCAGGCUUCAUGUUAGACGCUGACAGGAGCCACUGUGUCUCGGACAAGGCUGUGUCCGUCCAGAGGGCAUUCUGCUACCGAUCGGUGUCAGCAAGAACAUGUUCUCUGCCGCUUGCUCAACACAUCACCAAACAGAUCUGCUGCUGCAGCCGGGUGGGCAAGGCCUGGGGCCCUGCGUGUGAUCGCUGUCCUUUGCCUGGAACAGACCAUUUCAAGGAGAUCUGCCCAGCUGGUCACGGUUACACCUACUCACGCUCCGAUGUGCAGAUUUCUCUCAGACAGCUGGAGGACACUGAUCUGCAGAGCACAGGGUUGUCAUGGGAGGAGCAGAGCCCCACGUUCCUCGAGCCUCCGUCCUCCGGGCCCGGGGUGCUGUACCCAAGCUACCCACAAACGCCACAAGUACCCUGGUACCCUCUGACUCCACAGCAGCCUCUCCAUCCCUCCCACCCAGCCAGAGAGACACCGAAGCAGCCAGAAGAUGUGGAAAUUCUGAGCCCGCCAGCUGUUGUGACUGACUCACCACAGAAAUAUCCAGAGACUUCUCCAGACUCCACCGUCAUCGACCUGAGGCCAGAUUCAGAGGACACAACCCGUAUAGUCUCAGCCACAGAUAUUGACAAGUGUGCCACCACCCCCGCCAUAUGUGGCCCUGGGAAAUGUAUUCCAGUGCAGACCGGCUACACCUGCCAAUGCGAGCCAGGAUUCAAGCUCAGCGCGCUGCAGACCAACUGCAUUGAUGCGAAUGAGUGUGACGAGGAGCCAUGUGAAGGCAAGGGCCGCUGUGUAAACAACUAUGGCUCCUAUACCUGCCAUUGCCACAGCGGCUACAGCCAGGUGAUCACACAGAACAGGAAGUUCUGUCAAGACAUUAAUGAGUGCAGCAUGCCCAACAAGUGCCAGAACGGCAACUGCGUCAACACAGAUGGAUCUUACACCUGUGAAUGCAACAGUGGCUACGCCAAGUCCUGGAGAGGCCAAUGCGAAGACGUAGAUGAGUGCCGAGAUCCCAGCUCCUGUCCAAACGGUGUCUGCGUCAACACACUGGGCUCUUUCGAGUGCCAGGCCUGCGGCCCGGGGUUCAGGCCUGUCGAUGAAAGAUGUGUGGAUGUAAACGAGUGUUUGAACCAAACAGCGUGCGGUCAUGGUAGGUGUGUCAACACCGAGGGCUCCUAUACGUGCAACUGUUUCCAAGGAUACGAAGUCUCACCGGACAAUGUUUGCCAAGAUGUGGACGAGUGUGUGCUCCCCGGAGUUUGUCUCCACGGCCGCUGUGUCAAUCUGGACGGCACCCACAAAUGCACCUGUAACCAUGGUUACCAAGUCACCUCAGACAGCAAAGCCUGUGAAGAUGUCAACGAGUGCGCAACUGGUAAUGUGUGCCCUGCGGGAAUUUGCAUCAACACUGCAGGUUCGUACACUUGCCAGAACUGCAGGCCUGGGUUUGGACCAUCUUCUGAUGGAUUGAGUUGUGAAGAUAUUAACGAGUGUGCCAAUGGUGACUUGUGUCUCGGUGGGGUGUGUGCCAACACUGAGGGAUCCUACACAUGUACCAGAUGUAAGGCUGGCUACAGAGUGUCUCCAGACCGGCAGAGGUGUGAAGAUGUUGACGAGUGCCAGUCCCUGUCUACCUGUGCCAACGGGAUCUGUCUUAACUCGGAAGGCUCUUACACCUGUGAGAACUGCCCCACAGGGUACAGAGUAUCAUAUGACGGGGAGCUCUGUGAAGAUAUUGAUGAGUGUGCACUGCACACUACAUGCCCCCAGGGAACAUGUACAAACACAGAGGGUUCCUUCACAUGUAUCGUCUGUCAGCCUGGUUUCACAGUCUCUGAGGAUGGACAGCAGUGUGAUGAUGUGGAUGAGUGCUCAGUGGCUAACGUGUGCCCGGGCCAGCUGUGCUCGAACACCCCAGGAUCGUACACCUGCAGGAGCUGUGAAGCCGGGCUGCAACUGUCUGACGAUGGUUACGGCUGCGAGGACAUUGAUGAGUGCAGGACCCCAGGUGUGUGCCCCACGGGUGUGUGCACCAACACAGAGGGCUCCUUCUCCUGCAUGUCCUGUGACGCGGGCUUCACAGUGGCACCCAACGGGCUCUCUUGUGAAGAUGUGAAUGAAUGUGAGGACCCAAGCCUGUGUGUGGGAGGCCAGUGCACCAACACCAUAGGUUCCUAUAGCUGCUCCUGCCCCGCUGGUAUGGAGAUGGUGGAUGGGACGUCCUGCAGAGAUAUCAAUGAGUGUUUAACCAUCGUGGGGAUCUGCGGAGAAGGAGAGUGUGUGAACACAGAGGGCUCCUAUACGUGCAUCUGUCCUGAUGGAUAUACCACCACUGCUGAAAGGAACGGCUGCCAAGAUGUGGAUGAAUGCAGCAAAGACAAUUUGUGUAUCCGGGGCCAAUGUCUCAACACUGAUGGCUCUUUCUUUUGCCUGUGCGAGGCUGGCUUCAAGUUUAACGCUGACACGGCUGACUGUGAAGACCAGAAUGAGUGCAAGGACUUUGGGAGCGCAGUGUGUGGUACCUGGCGCUGUGAAAACACCAUCGGCUCCUACCGGUGCUUCAUGGGCUGCCAGCCCGGCCUCGAGGGAGCAGACGCCACAGACUGUGCUGUUGGUGUUCUCACUAAACCCCACAACAAACACUCGUACAGCUCAGCAUUGACUCACAGCCCCAGUAUAAGAACCAAGCCCUCUCACCCUCAGAAGCCCCCACAAGGGGUUGCCCAGAGAAUAUGGAAGAAGUGUGGGCUGCGGAGGGUGAGCCAACAGUCACUGAUCCCUAUAUUCUUGUUGCCUGCCACCAUGUGCUCCACAUUAACACAUGGCACAGAGACCUACACCAUUAACCUAGUCCCUACCCCCCAAACCGCAGCAUCACCGGAUCCAGGAAGCAGGUCCUCCUGGCAUGAUAAAGAUUAUUUUGUGACCUCGCCACGACCUUGUCCACCGCAUGCCUGCGCGUACGUGCCUGAUCCUUUACUGACCUCACGCCCUCCUCUCCUGUCUCCUUUCUCAGACGUGGACGAGUGCGAGAUGAGCUUGGCGCUGUGCGGCUCGGAGGCCCUGUGUGAGAACUUCGAUGGCAGCUUCCUGUGCAUCUGCCCCAACGACAAUGAGGAAUUUGAUCCCAUCACCAGCCAGUGCCGCUCCAUGGCUGAUAUGGACCAGACACCCCCUGCUCCCGUCCCUCCGUCCCCUCCCUCAGCUGAGGAGAGGAAAGAGUGUUACUACAACUUGAAUGACGCCAACUUCUGCGACAACGUCUUAUCCCGCAACACGACCAAACAGGAGUGCUGCUGCACGGUGGGGGCCGGCUGGGGGGACAACUGUGAGAUCCACGCCUGUCCUGUCCCCGGAAGAGAUGAUUACAACAAGUUGUGUCCUCACGGCAGUGGAUUAUUACCCCUGGCUGUUGCCUCUUCACAAAGCCUGGGAGAACAGCGCCCUUAUAUAGAUGCAAAUGAGUGUGAGAUGUUCGGAUCAGACAUUUGUAAGAAUGGACAGUGUUCAAAUCUCUUUUCUACAUAUACCUGCUACUGUCGCUCUGGCUUCUACUAUGACAACAUCCGGCUCGAGUGUGUGGAUUAUGAUGAGUGUGGCUUUGGGAAGGCCUGUGAGGAUGGAGAGUGUGUGAACACAGCCGGGUCUUUCGACUGUUUCUGCAGUCCUCCGUUAGUCCUGGACAGCACGCGGCGGCGCUGCAUCGGUCUCAAUACCACAGAAGAAACUGUCGAGUCUGAUCAUGAUGUGCACAUGGAUAUCUGCUGGCAGCGUCUGGAGGGAGACAACAUGUGUGCAGAACCCCUCCCGGGACGCAGAACUACAUACACAGAAUGCUGCUGCUUGUACGGCAUCGCCUGGAGCGGACAGUGUGCCUUCUGUCCCCGGAAAGACUCUGAGGACUACGCAGUGAUGUGCAACCUGCCUCGGAGAGGAGGAGGAGGCACAGACAGUCUGAGGGAGAGGCCAGGAUAUGAGUAUGGUGUGGAGGGGCCGGAGGAUCCUGCGGAGCCUUUUGUUCCUCGGUACUGGGACAAUUACGGCAGCCCUGCGGGACCCUAUGACAUGCCUGAGAGCGUUCCUCUCUUCAAUGACAAUGACUACAGCGUUCAGCAGCCACCUUCCCGUGUCCCCAUUCAACGACCACAAGAGCCGCAGCCACGACCAGUGGACCCCUAUGCUGAGCGCUACGAUGGCUUCGAGGGUCUCCGAGCGGAAGAGUGUGGAAUCCUGAAUGGGUGUGAAAACGGGCGUUGCGUUCGUGUGCGAGAAGGCUACACCUGCGACUGCUUUGAUGGUUACGAACUUAACCUGAGUAAGAUGGCCUGUAUAGACAUAAACGAGUGUGAGGACAUCAGCGACAAGGUGCCCUUAUGUCAGAACGGGCAGUGCACCAACACGGAGGGCUCGUACAAGUGCACCUGUUCGCCGGGCUUCGUGGCCUCCGCCGAGCCACACAAAUGCAUCCCAGAGAUCCCAGAGUCUGGGCUUGUGGAGACAGGAAACUGAGACAGACUUCUGGCUUUUCCUGCUCCCUCAAAGAUUCCCUUAGACCCCUCUGCCCUUCUCCCCAGGGGCCUCGCACUAAACCUCCAACAGUAACGCUGAGACGUCCAAACUCGUUUCCCUACACACACACACACACACACACACAGACAUACUUACAAAUAGCACACACUUGCAUUCAGCACAGAACACACUCAUUACCCCGUCACACACAUUCAAGAGGACCAGGAAUUGUGCAGUGAAUGUAUUACAUGGGAUUUAGUAUUCACCAGAUAUCCAUUUGCCUUAAAGGGAUUUUGUGGACUGAUCUUUUUUAUUCAGUAACCCAAGGCAAUUUGAUAUGCAGAUAUAUUUUCCACAUUAUUUUCUCUGUCACUUUCUUUUUGUUGUGUUAUUUAUUUCAUUUACAUGACGGGCCUCUGCAAACUAAGAAAGCGACCUAUUUCAGGGGGCAUACUUGUUUUAUUUGUCUCACUAAUUGACCUCAGAGACAGUGUGGGGAGAGUAAUAAAUGUCUUUUGUAAAAGAAGGAAUGUCAUAAGAAAUCAGCCACUCAUAAAUCAGCUUGUGCCUCACUGUCAAAUCUCUCACCAAUUUUCUCACUCAGUCAUUGUAAUUAGCAUUGACCUUGGACUAAAUGGAAGCCGGGGUCCAUAAAUAACACAAAUAACGCCUUUCUAUUCCUCAAGAUUAGAAGAAGUGGAAGUUAAAGAAUCUCUGGACCAAGAACUGAGAGGUCAACACAGCCAAACUAAGUUGGAAAGACUGAAGAUGUAUAUGAUGAUCUAUAUAAUGUUUUAUAAAAGGUGCAAUAGGUAUAACCUGCCUUUCUCUGUUUGACACCAUUUUUACAAUCUUAAAAGGAUAAUUUGGAUUUUUUAAAGUGGGAUUUUAUGAGGUACUUAUCCAUAGUCAGUGUAUGACCUACAGGAGAUGAUGGUCGACACGCCCCCAGUUUGGAGAAGCAGGCAGGAGUCCUGACACACAACCUAAGCAACAUAUUGUGGUGGACGGGGGCAGCAGCAAAACAUUGUGUUUUCACAGCUUUACCUUACUGUCAGACAGCCCUGGGGAAGUCUAUGCAAGGGGGAAAACUGAGCCGUUGUGCUCUAUUCAAGCAUUCAACCAGACUAUAUUGACAAAAACAAUAAUUUAUCUUGCAGAACACGGGAUACUCUGGUCUGUCGCUGCCUUGAUUGUUUAGUUUGUUUGUGUCACUUUUUGACUUUGGUAAACGAACUAUUCAAUUCAAUUCAAUUCAAUUCAAUUGGCUUUAUUGGCAUGACGUAACAAUGUAUAUAUUGCCAAAGCAAGCAUCAGAAAAAAAGAUAACAAGAUAAGGAAAGCAAUAUUUACAAUAAAUUAUUAUAAUUCUGUUAUUCAUUUUAAAUGAAAAGAAAAACUAAUAACAAUAAAAGAAAGCAAUAUUUACAAUCAUUGAAUUACAAUCAACAUAUGAUUUAUACAAUCUAACUGUAAUUUAACUUUAAUUGUAAUCUAACUCUAAUCGAACUAACUCUUUAAAACACUAAAGUCACACAAUAACGGAAACAAAUUGAACAAUCAUGGCAGCGGCAGACCAGCAAAGACCAGGUAAAUAUGUUGGGGUUUUUUCAAAGGACUGGUGGCUAUGA